CAUCUAGAGAUCUAAUGGUCAUUAGCCACCCUCACGCUUGUCGCGCUCUGACUGUCUCAUUGUGCUAAAUAUCUCAUUGCAAUGCAAAAUGCCUGCUCUUGAUGCAUCUAACAGUGAUGCUGAAGAUAACGAAGGCUUCGACCAAGAAAACGUCGAGGAAGAUGCUGCUCUGCUCACCCAACUUGUGCCGGACCUCUACUCUGAAGGACCUUCUGCCAAGCGCCUGAAGCUGGAUCCUCAACAUCGUGUGGAGCUAGAGCAAUACAAGAAGCAGGAGAUUGACUUGGACACACUUAGAAAACGCUUGGCUGGACCUUCAGUAGCAAAGCCGGGUCAAGAAGGAGUCGAUCAGGACAAGAUCAAUCAAAUUAUCUAUGACGCUUCGCUAGGAUCCAAGUUCUUCAACAAUGAGAAGAAAAAGGAUGAGCAGCUGACGCAGAAAAUUGAAGCUACUUUGGCAAGAGCCCGACAGAUUACACAGGGCGACCUGUCUGCAGAUGAGCGCCGCGUCGAUAUACAAAUUGCACAGAUUGAAUCUACCAUUGAUCUUUCGCAAUACAUCAUGCACAUUGAUUGCGAUGCAUUCUAUGCAAGUGUCGAAGAGCUCGACAAACCUGAACUGAAAAAUGUACCCAUGGGCGUUGGUAUUGGUGUCUUGACAACAGCCAAUUAUGCGGCUCGCAAGUAUGGUGUCCGCUCUGCAAUGCCGUCUUACAUCGCAAAACAACUUUGUCCACGACUGAUUUGUGUUCCUCUCAACUUUCCUCGCUACAUUGAAAAGGCAGAAGAGAUCAGAGCCAUUCUUAGUAAGGCUGAUCCCAAUUACCAGGCCGCAUCGCUCGAUGAGGCGUAUCUCAAUAUAACUGGCUACGCAAACGCCCUGAACAUGUCCCCGGAUGAUGCCGUACAAGAGCUGAGAGCAGAGAUCUUUCAAAAGACGGGUUUGACGGUAUCUGCAGGCAUUGCCGCAAAUUCUCGCUUGGCAAAGAUUGGUUCAAACAUGAACAAGCCCAACGGCCAAUUCAGGCUCGCAAAUGACAGACGAACCAUCAUGGAAUUCAUGGGGGAAUUGCCUGUGCGGAAAGUUAAUGGCAUAGGCAAGGUCUUUGAAAGGCAACUCAACGCCCUCGGAAUCGAACGCUGCCGGGAUAUCUACACACAUCGUGGUCUUCUUUCCAGAUUGUUUGGCGAGAAGAGCUUUGACUACUUGCUCAAUGUGUAUUUGGGAACAGGCUCGACGCAUAUUCGCCCCUCGGCAGAUCGCGAACGGAAAUCAAUAGGGACUGAGUCUACCUUUCGCAGCAUCUCUGAUUCAGGGCGUCUACGCGAGCAGCUACGCCAUACAGCAGAAGAACUCGAGAAGGACUGCAUACGCGCAGACUGGCGUGGCCGAACGCUGCAUCUCAAAAUUAAGAAGCAUACUUAUGAAGUUUACACCAGACAAUGCAGUCUCCCAAAGGCCAUCUACAGGGCUGAUGAUCUCUACGCAUACAGUCUGCCUCUGCUGGAAAAAGAGUUUCCCCUUGAUCUUCGCUUGAUGGGUCUGCGCCUGACGCAUCUUUGCCGGAUAUCCAAGCCCGACUUGAAUGGCUUUUUCGGUGUCGGCCAAGUACAAGACAGGGAUUCAGCUAUCCUGGCCGACAGGGAUGCGACUUUCCAGGCAGAAGACGAGGAGCUGCUCGAGGGCGACAAGGACUUUGUGUCCGAGCCUUGGUCCACGAGUUCAGAUUCAAUCAGGAAACAGGCAAAACUGCAUGCAUCCAUCUCCUCAGCGUCAGACAAAUUACAAGCUGUAAGCGUCUGUCCAAUUUGUAAUCGACGCAUUGCAAGCGAUGUCAAUGAGCAUAUUGAUGCAUGUCUCAAUCAGUCUGCUAUCAGAGAAGCCCUGGCUCAGGACAUCUUGAUGAGCAUGCCAGACAAGGUUGCACCUAGUCUCACUGCGAUGAAAUCGUCCAAACAGGCACAACCGACCAAUUCGCUGAGCAAAUGGUUGAAAAAAUGACCGUAACCUGUUUGUAGAGAUGUAUGAUCAUGAAUGCUAACAAUGGCUUGACUAUGCAACAACUUUCAAAUGCUACCACUGAGCAACGCUUCGAUAGCGCCUUGAACAGAUCCACCAGACCUUCUCAG